AUGUCUGGCUCAGCACCCGGUUCCGAUGCCGCGCCUGCAGCGCCCCCGAAGCCUCGUCUCAAGAUCAACGUGAGCCGGUCCUCAUCCUUCGUCGAGGCCAAGACCAAGAAGACCUCCUCCGCCGCAGCGACUCCCACAGAGGGCGGCGGCCCCCGCAAGGUCAAGCUCAAGAUUGGCAAGUCGCAGCCGACGACGCCCGCAGAGCCCCCGCCGCCAAAGACAAAGGCCGGCAGGCAGACCAAGCCGACCCAGAAGCUCGUGGAGAGCAAGAAGCGCGCCCACGAUGAGCUGGACGAUGAUCUCCCCCUAUCUGCCGCCCAACAGCACCUGGCAACAAAGAUCAAGCUCAAGGCGUCAAAGUCGGGCGUCACGCCCACGCUGGUCGUGAAACCAAAGGGGCGCGCCCCCGUACACCCGCCAGGAGACGGCUACGAUUCAGAAGCUAGCGAUCGCGAGAAGGACCCUUCGAUCGAGGAACAGUUUGUCCUGAGGAUGCCGCCGGGAGAGCACUGCGAAUAUGUGCGGCAGUGCAUGGAAAAUGGAAAGAUGGGCAUUGCGCGCGCUCAGGGAGGAGCCGACGUCCAGCUCAAGUUCUUCGAGGAGGACACGCGGCGCGCCGUCAUGACAGUCAAGGGUCAACCCUUUGCCGCCGUCAUGGUCGAUCUACCUACUAUCACCGAGGCCAUGAAGACAUGGGAUCGCAAAUCGUUCCUCAAGUCGGCCGACAUCUGCCAGAUGCUCCUCGUUUUCCAAAAGGUCUCCAAUGAAGCCGAAGCGAGACAAGCGCCUUUACCGUCAAUGAUUGACCAGCACUUUCGAUGGCCGCACGGUCUAACACCGCCUAUGCACGACUGUGUGAACCGAAGAUUCGCCAAGACCAUCAGCCGUAAAGAGAUCGAGGAUAAAGAGGCAGAGGUCGAGCGCUUGCUGGCCGAGGACGCCAAGGCGGGUUCAACGCGAUGGGAGUGGGUCGACGAGAGGCAGCAGGAGGAGGACGAGUACGGAGCAGAAGAGGAUGCCGAGGGCGAGAUGGACGACGGCAUGGACUACUUCCAGAGCCAGGAUGUGUUUGGCGACGACAACGAUCUCGAAGCCGACCUCGAGGCCGCCUUUGCCGACGACUUGUUCGCCGAGACCCCCGCAACCGGCAUGGAUGCGCCCACGCCUCUCACAACGACACAGGUCAACACCCCGGCGGCCAUCCACGAUAGCAUCGAGGCAGACGAGUCUGAAGAGGUCUCUGAUGAUGACGACGAUGACGAUGACGACGAGGACCUCGAUGACGAUGCCCGUGCCCAGCGUGAUGAAGAGCAGGGAGUCAAGGAUAUUAUCAAUGACCUCAAGAAGCAGCUGGCCAACAAGCAGGCUGAGCUGGCUCGCACCCAGAACAAGAUCCUGCGUACUCGUAUCGAGCAGACCAUCAAACAGCUCAAGUCGGAGAUUGAGCUCAAGAAUUCCUCCAUUGGCAUCGAGACCGAUGACUAG